AUGCCUACCAUUAUCGUCAAGGCCACCGAACCCCCCGAAGGUGAUCUUACUGCGCCGGGAGACGAUUAUAGUGAGAGCCCUCUUAUUGGUGCAAUCAGAAAAGCAUUGUUCCAACGAGGCAUCUCUUUAGAUGUAGCUCAGCAUCUGCCUGUACCAACGACUUUUCCUCCAGUGUUUAUUGUGGUUGCGACAACAUCGACUGGUAUUUCUGCGGGCAAUUUCAAGGAUUCAUUGAAUAAUGUUUGGUCUGGAACAACCGGUAAAGAUGGGACCGCUGUGCCUCCAGCUGAGAUCAUCGUCGAAGAGACCGAGGAGUGA